AUGGAUUCAAAGGCCCUACCGGACGACUAUACUAUUUACCAAGGAGUAUGGACAAACUGGACUUAUGGCCGUAUUUUCGGUGCCACACUGACGCUUAAUCGGAGAGACGGCGCUCUCCUGAUUGCGUUUAUCGCACUUUUCGUCACCUUAAUUGGAACGAGCUUUUGGCGCCUGAUCUGCUACGCCUUUCAUUACUACCGCUCAACCGAAUCACCUCGCGAUGGUCUCCAUCAUCAGAUCCAGGCGACCCUUCGCAACGCAGCCAACGGAACCAGCGGAGCAUGGAACCUUAUAUCGAUCCUAAAUGCGUGGAAGAGAGAAUCUAAACAGCCUUACCGCCGAGUACUUCCUCUCCUCAUACUCACGGUAGUUAUCAUCAGCGCUUUCGCCGCUGCCUCUGGCUUCUCGUCUAGAAUUUCCUCAAUGGGGAGCGAGGUACUCAUUAGAAGCAAUUAUUGCGGAAUGAUGUAUGUGACAAAAGACGAAUCGAUUUCCGACCUAUACACCGUCAUUGCUCCGUACGCCCGGCAACGAGAUAUCGCUCACACGAACUACGCUUCUCAAUGCUAUAAUCACUCCAAUCCCGAAAGCUGUAGCAUGUAUGUUAAAAACAGACUUCGUGUAGAGACUACGAGAAACGCCAGCUGCCCGUUCGGCGGCGAUAUCUGUACCAGGCCGAACAACUCCCUUAUUUUAGACUCCGGCCUCAUCAACCUACAUGAUGACCUGGGCGUCAACCUUCCUUCAAGCCAACACAUUUACUUCAGAUACAAAACUCAAUGCUCCCCUUUAAAAGUAGAGCCUUACCAAACACUGCAUAACCAUACGAGUGAAAGCGGCACAACCACCCUCGCAAGAUACCACUAUGGGGAGCAAGCUACGCGCUACAGCUACAACCGAAAUUUCACUUACGAAUACUGGGCGAAUUCCACAAGACUGGACGACGGACCGGCCACGAACGCAGACUACACAGUCAGCCACCGCAAAGCUUGCCGGGGAAACGGCACAUACCACGACACAAGCUCGACCUUCUAUCCCAUACCCGAGCUAGCUUACCCAGACGCGGACAUCGCACUCGUCUUUCUCUCCGCCAACGAGAUUGAAUUCGCCCAAGAAAUCAGCGAUGACUGGUACGCGGCGCACCAGCCCAGCAAUUCGACGCGCACAAGCCUGUGGUUGGGAAACAAUCAGGAGCUGCGCACGUACAAGCAAGACACGCCGGUGUCGGUGCUGGCAUGUGCGUCGCAGAAGCAGUGGUGUCUCGCCGACGGAACAUGCACGCCGCUAUCAAGCGAGAUAGACGUGAAGGGCCCGGCAGAAAGUCUCGCUGGCGAUGACGAUGAUGUCAAAUCGAAGUUGCUGUACUGGGUUGUUGGAGCGACCAUGCAGAGCGAGCCGAGCUUGGAGUCGAUCAUCUCCUCGCUGGGCUCGCAGGCCUUAACUUCGCGCACGAGCUUAUUCGACGGUGUCCAGGGCCCUUUGCCGGGAAGGCAAUGGCAGCAUGAGGUCGAGAGCUGGUUCAACAUUGCUCUUGCGAGGAUUCAGGCCACGUACGUUGACAUCGCGAUAGGCUCGGCUGAUGAGGCUGUUGCGCGGCAUAUCAAGCGGCCGAAGAAUAAGCAGGAACGGUACCUUUGCAACAAUCAGAAAAUCCGCAGCACAGUUUACACAAAUAUCUCACUCUUCGGUCUCAUCCUAAUCCUGUCCAUCGGCACCAUCAUAAUCCUCCUUUCCAAUUUCAUAGAGACCCUAGUCUCAUUCAUCCUGAGACGUCGUCGGGCAGACAUAUACGCCCACCUCGAGUGGGGCGUGAAUGAGACACUUCAGCUACAACGACUUGCCCACGAAGGAGUAGGGCUCGGGCAGUGGAAGAAAUGUGGCGACAUGGUACCCAUAACUGAAAUGGGUGACAUGAUUGGCGUUUUGGAUGUGAGUGAGGCGUGGCACGUGAAGCUGAAGGCACCGGUGAUGGGAUGGGAAAAGGAGGCAGUAGUCUCUAGUGGGCUGAUGACCAUGUAA